AUGGCGCGGCGCGGCCGGCGGCGGCGGGGGGCAGCGGCGGCGGGAACCCGCGGCAAGAAACAGGUACCCAAGGAUGUGGCCCACAUUUUUAAUGCCCCCAGUGACAGUGAAGAUUUUCCAGGAUUCCAAGAUGAUACUUCCAAAGAGAGCUUCUUAUCAGAGAACAAGUCUGCUAGUUUUGAUUCCCUGGAGUCUGGAAAAGAGGGGCUCCGGUUUCAGUCCAAAUACCUCACUGAAGAGCUGCGGAGGAUUUUCACUGAGGACACAGACUCUGAAACAGAAGUGUUUGAGGGCUUCACUUCAAACGAGGUGCAUGUGAACAAGAAAAAAGUUCUGAGGGUGAAGUCAGACUUGAGUGAUGAAGAACACGAUAAUUUGCUGGAUAAUGAGAAAGAAGAGGAUGAAGAGGUGAAGAAGAAGGUUUCCCCCAAGAGAAGAAGCUUUGGCCUUCGUGUUGCUUUACAAUUUCCCACCAGGAAGUCAUCUGAGAAAAAAGUGCCUGAACAGGCUUUGUCUGAUUUACCUCUAAAGGACAGUGAAUCCCUCACAUCUGUUUCAAAAGAAAUAAGCCUCAAGCGGCCAGACAAAGCAGAGGGCUCUGCUUCAGAGUCUGAAGAAGACAUUAAAGAAACACAGGAGGAAAGUUCCAGUGCACUGCUUAAGAGAGCCAUAAAUAUUAAAGAAAAUAAAGCCAUGCUUUCCCAGCUGCUGGCAGAACUGAAUUCCAUACCGGACCUGUUCCCAGUGAAAACACCCAGCUCGACUCCUUCAAAACAAAAGAAAACCCCAAGGAGGACAUUUUCUGAAGGCCAGAUAACACGUCGGAUGAACCCAACUAGAAACGCUCGUCCACCAGAAAAAUUUGCCUUGGAAAAAUUUACUAUGUCGGCUGUCAAAUUCGCGGAACACAUCCGUAGCUACAGACAACAAAACCUCUUGAAGAGACUCAGUGUGGGGGAUUGUGGCGUACGCAAAAGAAGGAGAUCUUCUAAGUAUUCAUCUAAUCGUCCAGUGGAAGACAUAACCGAUGAGGACUUGGACAACAUUGCAAUCACUGUUAGAGACAAAAUCUAUGACAAAGUUCUAGGUAGUACUUGCCACCAGUGUCGACAGAAGACAACCGAUACAAAAACAAUCUGCCGCAACCAGGGCUGUGGAGGAGUAAGGGGACAGUUCUGUGGACCAUGUCUUCGAAAUCGAUACGGUGAAGAUGUGAAGUCAGCUCUGCUUGAUCCAGCCUGGAUCUGUCCUCCUUGUCGCGGGGUGUGCAACUGCAGCUACUGCCGCCGGCGGGACGGGCGCUGUGCCACCGGCAUGCUCAUUCAUCUGGCCAAGUUCUAUGGCUACAACAAUGUCAAGGAGUACCUGGAAAGUUUACAAAAACAACUGGCGAAUGAUAGUUGAGAACACUGAACUCAAGCGGUGCCUGCAGCUGGUUAAUAUGUCAACAGUUUGACUUCAGAGGUUUAUUACUAUGUUUUAUAUAAAAUAGUAUUGUAGUGUAUAGCAUAUUCAUUUCAGUAUUGGGAACUUAUUGAUUGAUAUGGUCUUAUGCAAAAGGUCUCUCAGGAAAAUGUUUUGGUAGAGAAAUCUACGUGCACAGACCUGUAUGUUAAGUGAAAUGGCACACUUGAACCUUGAGUGGUUAAUUUUUAAUAGAACUACACAGCCACAUGAUGGAGAGCUUGGUCAAAAUGAGCAAUAUUUUUAUUUAUAUUAUUGUGCAAGUUUGCAGAAAGGGUGUUUAACAAUUAUCUUCAAAGCAUCCCGUCUUCAAAGAAACAAAACACCUUUGUCUACCAGCUCAACCAUAAAGAUCCAUUUUUCCAGCUCUGUUUUCUGAACCUGUUCUUCCACCUGUAGUUUAUAGAACUUGUCCUUUGAAAGAAGGAAAAGGUACUUUCAUCUGAAUGCCAUUAUAUUCCAGCCAAAGCUGAUGCAAUCGACCAGUGGGAGGAUGGUUUUUGAAAAUUUUAUUCCAAAGUGCAAUUAUUCACCAAAACAUGAAAGUAGAAGAGUGUUUAAAAAAAAGGUUUUAAAAUAUCCCAUUUUAAAAAAUCAACAAAACUUCUCACCAGCAGUUUUUGUGUAGUCACCUGCUGCCUGAAGCACCUAUGCAGCUGUUUUAACUGGUUUACAUCAGAGUUCAGGAUUAAUUUUUUUUUGCUUACAGCUCAUACUUAGAUAUUUUUUCAUUUGUACAACCAGGCUUUCAAACAACUUUGUUUAAAUGCAACAUAUUUGUAUUGCAUGUUAAAGUAUGUUAAAAUUUGUGUAAGAUACACAUUUCUUUUUAUGUAGAGAGAAUAAAGACUGAUCUAAUGAGGA